AUGCUAGUCGCCGUGCUGUCUGCCAGGAUGUGUGAAGACGCUACCGUCAAACUCGUUGCAGCUCUACCUCUUAAAUCAAUACCUGCACAAUUCUGCCUCGACUCAGAAGGACUGCUCGUGGUCACUGCAGGCGAUGAGGGCGUACUUAAGCACGCUGCAUGCUCAACUUGUCUUACUGAUGAUGAGCUUGCGUCCGGUGCUGGAUUGGGCCACUAUAUGCGCAAGAUGCAAGCUGAGAAAACCAGUGAUGUUCAACUAGCAGUUCUUAAUGGGUUCAAGGAGAGCACAUGGUGUUUACCAUGCUUUGUGAAUCUGCAACAUAUUUUUGAUGUUGACGUCUCUUUCAUUGGGGUGGAAUCCCAACAUGGAUUAGGAUCUCCAGGGCACAUACAUGGAUACGUGCUCAAUGCAGUGUCUGGCAGAUACAUAUUGUGGGGCAUUACAGAUGCAUACGCAGACAGCGAAGGAUUUGUUGGGAGCUCUGCACUCCAAGUCGAGUACCCACCCUUAAUGCUCGAUGUCGACGACGACAAGAUCAGUCUCCUUAAGACCUAG